UGAAUAUCAUGAAAUGUAUCAAUGUAAAUAUACUGCGUAGAAGAAAAUAUUCACCCCAACAAAUGAAAUCCAUGAGUCGUGCGUGAGUUAUAUAUAGCGGAGAGUUUGGGCAACGGUGGAGAGUAUAAACUGUCCAGGGCAACGUGGUAGGAGAAAAUAGAGGGCGAGUAACGCGCAGGAUACAGAAAGCUCGCAGAGUCGUACUCGCGAUCAGUCUGUCUACACGACGACAACCCCUUCCGAAAAGUGCUACCCCUUGAAAGCGUCUAAUUUGUAUUUUUAUCAUCGAGAGGAUAAAAACACAUCGAUCACAAAAAAGCAAGAUGCAUCGAAGAAUUGCAAUACUACUCAUCGCUUCAGCCCUCGUUGUGAAAGUUUAUUCAGAGAAUGUGCUGAAAUGCUACAUGUGCACAUCACUGUCGGACGAAAAUUGUGGUUCCGGUUUGACAGUACACUCGUUGCAUCCCGUUGAAUGUACACUUCCGAAGAUGAUAGAAUGGCAGAGAAUCAUCAAGCAGCACAAUAUUCCCAGGUCGUUCGCUCCACUUUUCGAAGUCGCUGAAUCGCUACAAAAUUAUCGCACUCCCCACCACAUGGCCUGUGCUAAAAUGGUCCUUUAUGUCGGAGACCAAAAUGUGACUGUAAGAACAUGCCAAAUGGCCGAGACGGAAGCCGUUUAUCCAUGUCAGGCAAUGAACAAAACGCUAAAGAAUAGAAUGGUCAGAAUGGAGCAAUGCUCGCUCUGUCUUAAAGAAGCCUGCAAUGGCACAAUAUUCCCAUCACCGGAAAUAUUCUAUAUUUUCCUGACAUUUCUUGGCACUCUUAUUUACGCUGCUUUUUAUCAUUGAGCCUAAUUUAUCAUUUCAUACGCUCCGAAAAGACUUCCCAUACAAUAGACAAUAACAGAUGCUAACUCAUUUUAUAAUUGUAAAUUAAUCCACCAGAAACUUCCGAAUUGAUUGAUAAAUAUCUACUUAUAAUAUAGACGAAUAUAUUAUGUAUAUUACUUAUAUUAUUUAUAACUAUUUAUACUGUAAGCUGUUGCCAUUGCAAGGCUGAUUACAAUUUGCGCAAAUUCAUCGCAAAAUCGCAGAUGGAAACAAAUUAUUUAAGUCUACAUUUGCAUUCCGUGUUGCAUUUGCAACUUAAAAUUUGUGCGUGUAUGUGUGUAUUGUUUGUGAGUGUGUAUGUAAAAGUAUCGUAAAAAUCGCACGUUUUCUCAAGCAUAAUUUUCGUUCAAUUUCCACUUUUUAAUGAACAUUAGAUGACGGAUUAUUUCUUAAUUAUUUUUAUCAUAUCCUUUUAAUCUUUUCGAUCCUUUAUCGAGAUAAACUCGAUAUUAUGCUUUACGACAAUCCUACGCAUAGCAGAUAGUUGAAGCAAUAUAUAAUUAGCAAACUAUUUUGUUCUAAUUUUCAUCAAAUUUCUUAAACAACAGUAAUUUAUUGUAUUUAUCUUAAUCGAUAGCGAUAAAAUUCGAUAGUUAAAAUAAGGAUGGAAUAUUUAAUAUUAAUUUAUUUAUCGAAAUUAAUUCGAAAUUAAUUAAAUUCGAUCCGCAAAAAAUUAAUUUCCUUUGUUCUAUCGAUAUGUGUUAAAAAUAAUCGAUUUUAUCUUAUUACUAGAAAACAGGAAAACAAAUGCGUUAUAUCUGUACAUACACUUUCUUUCAUUUCUAUUCUUUUUUUAUUGUAUAUCAUAAAAUAUAAUAUUACUU